AUGAAAAUAAGUCCAGUUUUUUUGAUUAUAUCCCAUUUGGCUGUCAUUAUUUGUAAUUUUAAUGAAGAUUUCAAGCAUAUAGAACUAACAGCAUCAGCAAUUGCAGAAGUAUGUGAAAAAUUCCUCAUCAAUCAAUCGAUAGAGUUCGACAUCAUUAUUUAUGGAAGGCGCAGUAGUCAAAUUAAUGGAAUAGUUGAUGGAUUGCUGAGUAGAAUUGGAAGUAAGACAGCCAUAAACCUUAAAUAUAUUGAGAAUCGCGAUUCGUGGCACCAUGAAAUGAGAAAGUCAGCAAUUUUAUUCUUCAGUGACGAGCUGGACGUCUGGAAGUUCACAAAACUUUCGAAAUUGUCAAACAUUUUUCCAACGCAAUUUAAAUUUUUUAUUUAUUCCAAAAAUUUUCUAAGUUCCUACUCAGUUUUGAGGAAGUACAACAAAGACAUCACAACAGUGCAGUCUCAUCAAUACUUUUUGAUGGACAUUCCAGAAUAUCUUAUGCUGCUCACUAUUGAACAUUUUAAUGAUGGAAUCUGUAACGAGCCAGUCAUGACCACCAUCAAUAGCUUCAAUAUAGCCACAGAAAGUUGGAACAAAAAUUUGGAAAAUUAUGAAAAAUUCAAAAACUUUUAUGGCUGUCAAUUUGAAGUUUUUGAUGUAUUUGGGCAGUUUUUGUACCGCAAAGAGAAAAUUUCUGAAACUUCAGACUGUGUUAAGUCUGGAUUUAGCAACUGUAGCUCGCUAAUACUUAAAGAAUCCGGUGAUCCGAACUUACAAGGCAUUGCUGUCGACCUUUUUAAAAUGAUGUCUAAAAUUGGCAAUUUCACUUUGAAUUUUCAAUUUUUAACUGGCGAUUUUGAUAGUUUUGGAAGUGACGUCAACCCAGCAUUGAGAAUCCAUUUCGGACCUCUCAGUUUGGCUUCUAAUUCUGAAGUAUUUCCGACAAGUUUGAUUGAUAAUGGAUACUUUCUGUUAGCAUCGACGCCGAGUGAGUUUUAUACAAAUUAUGAGAAGAUGUGGCUUCCAUUUGAUGACGUCACUUGGAUCCUCCUGCUUUUCACAUUCGUAGCUGCCUUCACCGUCAUUUUUAUUGUGAAAUUAAUGGACAUAGAUGUCCGGAAUGCAGUUCUUGGAAGAGAAAUUACAACGCCAAGUUGGAAUAUUAUUCACAUUUUCUUUGGAAUUUCACAUUUAAAGCUUCCAAUGGCUUCAAUUCCUCGAUUCAUUCUCAUGCUGUUGAUUCUGUUUUGUCUUAUUUUUCGGACUUGUUAUCAAAGCAAGUUUUUUGAGUUUAUGACAUCGGAUAUGAGAAAGCCACCUCCGAAAACUAUUGACGAUUUGAUUUUUAGAAAUUACACUUUUGUGACUUGCUCGGAGGGUCAUAAGGUAGCUCUGGAAGACAUUGUAAAGGAUCAGAGAAUAACUACAAAAGAUGAGCCAAACUGUGUCCACUUAUAUUGCGACAACUUCAACAAAGUCAGCAUGAAGCUAGCAUUUUUCAUCGAAGGCAUUCAGUUCACAACAUUCAAUUCCUUCUGUCAACGUUCAGCACACAAAUUAGACAACUUUCAUAAAAGCUUGGACAUUUUGGCACUUUUUACCCAUCGAAAUAGUUUCAUUUAUGAAUUAUUAAAUGAAGUUUUGGACAAAACAAUUUCAACCGGAAUUCCUCAAUACAUAAUGAAGUUCCAUGACUCAGCAAUUUAUAAAAAGUAUGAGCCUAUUGUUGAUAACAGACCGAAGGUGUUGACACUCGAUGAUUUAAGUUUUGGUUUUAUUUUGUGGCUUGAAUUUGAUGUAAUUCUUUAUGGCGAUGAGACAGAUAACCUUCGUGACAUUAUUGGACUAUUUUUAAGCUACGUCAGCAAUAAAGGUCUCACAAACGUUCAACAUGUUAAAGACACGGACCAGUGGCAUCACAAAUUAAUAAAGUCGGCCAUUUUGUUUUUCAAAAAUGAACAUUUUGUAUUAAAAUUCAACACUUAUGCACAGCUGGACAAUGAAUUUUACAUCACAUUAAAGUUCCUGAUUUUUUCAGAAGAAGUGCUGCAAAAUGAGCCAGCCCAACGGACGUACUUUGAUGACUCAGCAUUAAUCGCGUCACAUGCGUUCAUUUUUGCUAAUCUAAAAUAUGCAAUUGAACUUUUUAUGUAUGAGAACUUUGAGGAAGGCAAUUGCAACAUUGCCAAGCGAGUUCAUCUGAAUACAUACUUUAAAUAUCCAGGAAGAUGGGAAAGAAAGCUCAACAAUUAUGCAAAAUUCAGAAAUUUUAACAAAUGCACAAUAAGAAUCACUGAGCCAUUUGGCAUCUUUUUGUACUUAAAAGACAAAAACGUGGAAGUUCUAAAAUGCUUUGCGACAACAGCUGAAAACUGCUCAUUUUACAUGACUUAUUAUGGCACUAAGUAUGGACUGCAAGGCUUCAUUAUUGACUUAUUUGACAUUGUCUCAAAAUAUGCAAAUUUUACUCCGUUUUAUCAACUUUAUGUCUAUAACAUUACUGGACCUGAUUAUAAUCGAGUCUAUCCAAGAAUAAUGAUGAACUUAAAUACUUUUGGGAACGCAACUAAUCCAAGACUUUUUGACACGCCACUGCUGCUAAGUGGUGAGUACAUGUUUGCAGUCAGUCCAUCAGACUUUUAUACAAACUUUGAGAAGCUGUGGCUGCCAUUUGAUGACAUCACAUGGACAUUGUUACUGCUUACAUUUGUUGUUGCUUUUACUAUCAUUGCUGUGGUUAAAUGUACACCGAAAUUCUUUAGAAAUGCAGUUUUUGGACAUGAAAUUCAAACUCCAGCACUUAAUGUCUUUCACAUUUUCUUUGGAAUUUCACAAAUGAAGCUUCCAGUUGGAUCAAAUCCACGCUUCAUUCUCAUCUUGUUUAUUGCAUUCUGUCUUAUUUUUCGGACCUGCUAUCAAAGUAAAUCAUUUGAGUUUUUAACGACUGAUAUGAGAAAGCCACCGCCAAAUACAGUCGAGGACUUGAUUGUUGAUGAUUAUACAGUUUAUGUCUGUGACAGUGGACAUGAUGUGAAGUAUUGCGAAAGUUUAGGAAAUUCAAAGGACAAGGCUGCAUUUUUCAUCGAAGACAUUCAAUAUUCAGUUUUUAAUUACAUUUGCGGUGGAGCUGCUAUAAGGAUGAGAGACUUUCGGCUAGAAAUUCCAAUGACAGCAAUGUUCAUUAUGUACAAUAGCUUUUUGUAUGAGUUCAUUAAUGACAUUUUAUGGAAAUUAAUUCCAGCUGGAAUUCCACAACAUUUGAUUGAUUAUCAUGCAUUAAACCUACACAAGAAGUAUGAACCGUUCAGUGAUCUAAGUCCAAAAGUUUUGAAACUUGCUGAUUUGAGUUUUGGAUUUGUUUUGUGGGCAGUUGCUUGCGGAUUUUCAGUUGUUGGAUUUAUAUUCGAAUAUUUUCAAAUUCAAUUUCAAAAGUACUCGACAAAUUUGAUCGGAUUAUGGAUUUUUAUCAGAGUUUUGCUGUUGAGGCUACGAGUUGUUGUCAUGUAG